AAUAAUAACGGGGUGUUAUGAAUCCUCUACACGAAUGAGUUGUAAACCAUCAUUUGGCAGCAGCACAGAUAGGUUGACAUUUUUUACGUUAAUGCGACGUAUUUAGAGGACGAAUCAACGUGCAUCCAAGAUGGAUGAAAGAAUACCUACCCACUAACAUAGGUCCUGGCUCUUACGAAUGUAAUGACUCUUUUACAACGAAGGAAAAAAUCAAGACAUCUACUGAUAUUAAAGAUAUGUCAGGGUGGAAGAGAGGAUAUGAGGCGAAACGUAAUGCCACUAUACCAAACCUGUUCAGCAGGAGUCUAAAACUAAUAAAGGAAUCCCAACAACGAAACCUUGGACCUGGUCGAUAUAACCUACAAAGAGAAAUCCAAACAAGAGGAACUUCAAAGUCCAUAGGACCUAUAAACACAGCUGCUGUUCGUUUUUCUGAAAUUACAGCCAAUGAUACUCCAGGAGUGGGCACUUACGAGACAAAAGGUGAUCUAUUUAAAGAAAUAAUGGAUGCGAAAAAUUCAUGCCGUAGAAAAGGCUUAUUAGAAUGUGGUGGCAGUGGAGACCGUUCAUUACCGUUGACAGGGUGUUAUGUUCCACCAGGUACUUACGAGGUCAGCAGCUCAGUACAGACACUGCUGGAUAAGAAAACUGGGAAACGUGGACCGUACGAUUUGAUGACUGGACCUAGAAGCCAUACUCAUACUUCUGAAUAUCCAGAACCAGGAACCUAUCCAGUGAAGUCAUUUAUAUCCGACCUUUUACGACCAGAAAGACGAUAUACUGGCAUGUUUCGUAGACUCUCAGUUGAUCAAAGAAAAUUGGGUCAGUGCUAUUCUGCUAGGAUGCAAAACGACCUCAUCAGAUCUAAGAUUGGACCAGGAUAUUAUGAUCCAAAAGAUCUAGAUGAUAAAAACAAAAGUUUCAAUCAUCAAGCUCCCCCAUUUUUAUCCAGCGCCCCUCGUAAUUCACAUUCAAUAUUUUCUAUUGGACAGAGUCCGGUAGGUCCUGGACGUUAUAACUCGGAAAAUUAUGAUCAGUCACGGUGUGUAUGGGGUGCUAUGUCUGCAUUUGACUCUACUUCAUCAGCACGUUUAAGUCUGAAAGAAGCUUCUAAAUUAAGGGAGAGAUUACAUCCACUCAAUGUGCCAUUCCAUGGAAGGUCAAUUCUCAACAACACACCACGUGAUAUUCCAUUGAUAGCCUAAUUGUGAAAGGAACGAAUGGAAGUAACGAACGCUUUAAAAUCUACUAUACAGUUUACUGUUUUGAACAACAUAAUAUCAGUAAAUUAUAUUCUGGCAGUUAUUAUCAAAUCACCUACCAAUGCUUAAUCGUUGCAAUAAUUAUCUUUAUGCCCGUAGAUUUUUUACAGAUAAUUACGUUUCGACGUAAUAAUUCUAGUUUAUUAUUGAUUAGCUUUAUUAUUGUACAUUAUUACCUUGAUAGUUUAAAAGACGUCCUCUAUUUAUUAUGGUGAAUUAACAACAAUAUGUUUUAACCCAGUUUCCUUCAAUGCCCAAAUAAACAUAUAUAUACAUAUAUAUAUAGGUUUUAAA